AUGGCUCCAGAGUUUCCCUUGGUUCGCACGUUCCAUACUUUAAUGUGGAACGUCAGGCACUACCAGCCCUCAAGAAAACGACCCCCAUUCAGAGCCACAAGACAUGCCUUCUGCACGAAUAUCCAGCUUCAAAAUGCAUCAUGUGCCUUUUGGCUCAAGGAGACAUCCAAAGACCUCGGUUCUAAGCUAGCUAAACAGCUCACAGAGUCAACAAAUUCUACCUCACAAACUAAACCAGCAUCCUUGAAACUUCUAAAUAUGCGCCCUUCUGUCUUGUACCAAUCCAAUUUGGUUAGUGGGACCCAAAAUAACUUGGAGGAACCAAAAAUACAUCCUGCUGAAUUGGAGGUUGUAAAGCUAUUUAAAAAGGGUGAUUUCAGCGCUUUAUACGAGCUACUCCGAAACUACAAAGAGCAGGGCACUGUGGUGUCCACUGAAAUUAUCAAUGAAAUGGUUUCCAGCGUCCAAGAAGACUUUCCGUCGGAUACCACAAACGAAUACUUGUACCAAUCUGCAGUUGAGGUACCAUAUUUCUUUGGAAAAGAUAAUCUACACUAUGUGUCCUUGUAUGGCAGGGUCUACCCAUGUCUUAAAGACCUAUACAACAUUUGUCAAUUAUAUGAGUCUACGAGUCGAAACGAUAGAAAAUUCAUUGAAAAUUAUAUUUGGCUUUGUUACCACUUGAAUGAUUUGUCACAGCUUCAACUGUUGCUCUAUUCAUAUCUCAAAUUACCCGAAUAUGAUUCUCAGACAUUGGCAUAUGUCAUCAAUGCUUUUGUUUAUAACUACGAUGUGGAAUUUUCCCUGACAUUAUUUCACAGCAUUGUUGAUAUGAAAAAGCCGCUCAAUGAAUCUUUCCUUGCAUCCACGAUUACCAGUUUUACGAAGGUUGAUGCUCUCUUUGACAAGACAUUGGAUCUUCUCCAUUAUUGGAUAAACUCAAGCAAUUGUGAAAUUCCAUACCCUAAAACCAUUGCAUUUUUACUCAAACAGCACUACAGAUUCGGCACAAAGUCAGAAAUCACGAAGAUGGAAAAUCUCGCAGAAGAGUAUGGCUAUAAUAAUAAUUUUUUGGUACAAAUGGUGAAGAACCAGGCCCAAAUUUCGAACAGAGAUUUUAACCACAAAAAAACAAUUACGGCAGAAGACGUGAAAAACAUGCUAGCAAUUCGCAACUCCAUAAGCCAUUCUAAGUAUGCAUUGAAGAUUUUCUAUGAGUCUUACCUUCACUUUCUUUCUAGGUUCUCCUCCUUAAGCAUGAUUCAGCUUAUGUUGAGGGAAAUGAAAAAAGACGAACUACCUUUUACAAAAUUCGCCUACGACACGAUUGUCCAAUAUUAUGCUUCCGAACGAAAGUUUCUCCCAUUACUAAAAUUCAUACUGAAAUUUGUUUCCAAAGCGAACAGAUUUGACCCCGUUUAUUUGAAGUACAUUUUUGACUGUUUUGUUAAUACCUAUCCUUAUGAGGCUGAAGGUUUUGCCGAGAGGUUCUACAUUUACAUCCAUGGACUGAACAUUCCAUUAGAAAGUAAACAAGCUCUCAUGGAUGCUUGUAAAUUAACAAAGCUAAGUUCGACGUUGUCACCUGUUGCAAUUCAAAGGCAAGGAGUGGAACUCAGUAAGAAAUAUGGACAAUCACAGUGGAAAUACAUUCCCUACCAACCAAACAAGCUUUCCAAAAAAGGACAAAUCAAGGAACAAGUGCAGUUUCGUUUAGACAAAGGUAUUCGUGAUAUUGUUCGCCGAGGAGUUCGCCCUGAUUAUUUCAUCAUUGAAAAUACCCUCAAAAAUCUGAAUGAGCAAAAUAGAGAGGCCUUGAUGAAAUUACUACCUGCUAUCAGGAUGGAGAAAUAUAAGACUCGGUUAGAAAUUUUUCAUCUUCUAUUAUCACAACCAUCAAAACAACAAUUGCGCAACUUUGUUUCAUCGAUCGAAGAAACGUUGAAUACGAGUGAUAAACUUCUAUUGGCUAGGAGAUUGAUCAACGAAAAUUUGUAUGAUGUGGCGUCACUGCUUUUGGCCACAGUGAAUGACGCAGAAUUAAAUGACAGCCGCCAAAUGGUGAAGUUGAAUUUAAGUCUUCGGAACAAUAUAGCGAGGAAUGACUUUAACGCUUGUGUCAAUGACAUCGCUGAAUUUCCACUUGAUGAAAUUACACUUAGUCCUUUCAUUUACAAACAAUGUCAAUACAUUGAAAAAAAUCUUGCGAGAAAAAUCCGUGCUCUGGAAGCAAACGAAAAUUCUCCAUUGUUUGGUCGCUUGGACAUUAUGAAAGCGACACUAGCAAAAUUGAAGGGAUUGCUUGGGGACAUUGCAGCUAGACUUGAACAGGACAAGGUGGACAUUCGCCAAAUGAUCGGAGAGCUUUUCACAACUCUUGAUGCGUGGAUAGAGUCUACAAAAAAUCGGGAUGACCGGAAGAUUUGA